UUUGUACUUUAACAACAACACCUAUUUUUAUUAGAUUUUUAGUUUCGACAAUUAUAUCAGGACAAUGUCGUCUUAUGUACGAGCUUUAUAUGAAUUUUCUGGUGAACCUGACUCAUCAGAAAUUUCUAUCAAAGUCGGAGAAAUUCUGUCAGUGACACGUACUGAUGUUGGUGAGGGUUGGUGGGAAGGAAAAAAUAGCCAGGGAGACAUUGGCCUGUUUCCUGCUGCCUAUGUUGAGGUGAUGUCUGCUGCUGAAGUUAAACAUCAACAAAGUUCAAUUGAUCAUCAAAACUCUGGUGGACGUUAUGAUGCAACUGCUGAUGAUUAUAAUAAUGAAGGCGAUGAUUGGGAAGACGACUGGGAUGACGAUAAUGAUACUUAUUCUGAAAUCGGUCCAUCAAACAAUGGUUCUAGGUUACAAACAAAUCCUCUGACACAUUCGGCCAGUAGUUACGAUAACAAAUACUUACCUGCCACUCCUGGUGAUGAUAUUUCGUUAGCGUCAGCUGCAACUGCAUCUAAUAAUACGGCAACCCUUAAAAAAUCAAGUAUGUUUGGAAAAAGCUCUGAUUCAUUCAUUCUUGGCUUAGGAAAUAAAGACAAAUUGCCGGAAAGUGAACAAGUUCAAAUUGUGCCUUUGGAUAAUUUUUACCAGUGGCAACCUAAUUAUCAAUCCUUUUCUGUUAUUGUUGCCAGCCCUAAAAAGGAAUCAAAAUUCAAAGGGAUGAAAACAUUCAUAGCAUAUCAGCUGACACCAAGUUUUAAUAAUAUUUCCGUGUCUCGGCGAUAUAAACAUUUUGAUUGGUUACAUGAGAGAUUGGUGGACAAGUUUUGCCUUAUUCCAAUUCCACCUUUACCUGAUAAGCAAAUAUCUGGUCGGUAUGAAGAACAAUUUGUUGAACAUCGACGUGUGCAGUUGCAGGAAUUUGUUGAUUGGGUUUGUCGACAUCCUGUUUUAUCUAGAUGCGAGGUUUGGCACCAUUUCUUAACGUGUAAUGAUGAAAAGGUUUGGAAAAUGGGAAAAAGAAAAGCAGAACGCGACACUUACGUAGGCAUUACUUAUUGUUGGGCUAUAUCACCUCCAGAAAAACAAUUACUACCAUCUUAUGUAGAUUCACAAAUGGAUAGUUGUUCACAGUUUAUUCAUUCCAUGGACCUGUCGGUCCGAAAUUUGUUAGCAAUUUCAAAUGACAUGACAAAACGAUAUCAGACUCAAUCAAAGAAAGAAUUUCAGCGCAUUGGUGAUGGAUUAUCUGAUUUAUCGAGGGCAAUUUCCAUUGAUGAAAGACGUGCACCUCCAUCAAGCAAUAAAUCUUUGUCAGAAAGUUUAUCAAAAAUCGGAGAUAUUUUUGCUGCAAUUGGCCAACAAUGCGGCGAACAGCCAAAAUUAGAUUGGAUACCUUUUUCGGAUAGGCUGCACAUCUACAGGGGAAUUUUAAGCAGUUUCCCUGAUAUUUUGUCGACACACAAAGGAGCUAUGCAGAAAAAAAAAGAAUGUGAACGUCUCGCUGCUGAACAAAAGAUGAGUAAUUCCCAAAUGGCUGAUGUAAACCGACGAACUGAUAUUAUUUCCUAUGCCGUUAUUGCAGAAAUGUCUCAUUUUAGAAUGGAACGUGAAACGCACUUAAAACAAACUCUCAAAUCACUUAUUGCAGAGCAGAUCAAAUUUUAUUCGAGUAUUGUUUCGAGACUACAGGAAGCUUAUUCGCAAUUUGAUGAUUGAACUAAAAAUCGCACACUAUUUUUUUUAAAGAAAUACGUUUAUGUACGUUUAAAUUCGUAUAUCCAUAUAUUUUCAUAUUCCAAUUUUUAGUAUUUACAAUUAUAAUUGUUUGCAAGAUGUAUUAUGUAAUAAAUUAUAUGUACAUUGUUAUAGGUAUGCACGUAUCUGUCUAUGUAUAUUGUAUAAGUUUAUAUCAUGUAUUUUAAAGUGUGAAAUAUAAUUAUAUAUCUAUGUAAUAUAUUUGUAUGUAUAAACUAAUCCUAAUUAAUUACGAACUUAUUUAACCGCUUAUUUAGCCACACUAGAUCAGUUUGAUUUUAGUGAAAACAAAAUUAUCAGUUUUUGUAAAAACACAAUUAUUGAUGAAAAAUAAAAUUUGUUUCCUGUAUGCCAUAA